GCUCCAUGCUCUCUGCACUUCAGCGUGCAAAAUUGACUACCCAGCACAUACUCAAUACCUCCCCACGAAGACUCGCCACCAUGACGGACACGUCGAAGUACCUUCUCAACCACACGAUGCUCCGCGUCAAGGACCCCCAGAAAUCGGUCAAGUUCUACGAACAUCUGGGGAUGUCGCAAGUGAACAAGUUUUCCUUCCCGGAUAACAAGUUCGAUCUCUACUUCCUGGCUUAUGACUCUCCCAAAGCUGCAUCUCACGGCAACCACUGGACGGACCGACAGGGUAUCAUCGAGCUGACGCACAACUACGGCACGGAGAAUGACGACUCAUACAAGCCGAACAACGGCAACAAGGACCCUGGAAAGGGCUUCGGACACGUCUGUGUCUCCGUCGACAAUAUCCAGGCAGCUUGCCAGAGACUAGAGGACGCUGGGUACAAGUUCCAGAAGAAGUUGAAGGACGGAAGGAUGCACCACAGUAAGUUCGCUCUGGAUCCGGAUGACUACUGGGUUGAGAUCAUCGCGAUGAACGAUGUGGAGAAGACCGAGAACGUCAAGGAGACCGACAUCUCGACCUACAGGAUGAACCACACUAUGAUACGCGUCAAGGAUAAGGACGUCAGUCUCAAGUUUUAUCAAGAAGUUAUGGGCAUGACAUUCUUGCGCGAAAGUGGUGGUUCAGACUUCACUUUGUUUUUCUUGGCAUAUGGUCCAAAACCUCAAAGUGACAAGUCGGCCAAUGGCACGAACCCCGUUGCUGAUCGCGAAGGUAUUCUGGAGUUGACCUGGAACCAUGGCACAGAGAAGGAGAGCGGCAAAAUUUAUCAUGACGGCAACAGUGAGCCACAAGGCUUUGGUCACAUUUGCAUCUCGGUGGAUGACCUCGAUGCCGCUUGCAAGAGAUUCGAAGAGCAGGGAGUGGAAUGGAAGAAGCGACUCACUGAUGGACGCAUGAAGAAUGUGGCGUUCAUUCUCGAUCCGGAUGGAUAUUGGAUCGAGGUUAUCCAAAACGAGCGCUACAAGCCAGCUCCAGGCAAUUACUAGCGAUCGCAAAAGAGGAACGAAUGUAACGACGAUACGUACCAGAAGUGGAGCAUAGUAUGCAGCCAGACUCCUGUAAAUGAAAUUGGAAGGAAAAGGCUGGAAUUGUGAAAGCCUACAUUGAGACCGAAAGUCCGCGCGAGAACCAUGACAUGAAUCGCAAAAAAAUUCUAA